AACAUUAGACUUCAAUUGAACUGCGAAAUAAAUCAAAUUGAUAAAAUCGAGAAAUUUGGCUAAAUUAAUAAUAUUUCGAUUAAUUAUGCAAAUUUAAGAAAAAAAAAAUCCAUCGAAGAUAAGACAAAAUUACAUGUAGAUAAACGGAAGAGAUGGAAAAUCCGAAUGAAAAUGAGAAAACCAUUGAAACAAACGAAACGUGUGAUAGCAAGUCGGUCAAAGCUGAAAAAUCCGUUUCAAUGGUUGUCGAUAAUGAAAUGCCCGGAACUUCAAGCUCUUCAAAUUGUCAAAAUCCCAAUGAAGAUGAGGAAAUGUCUUCGAUUGCAACAACUUCAACAACAAACGAACCAACAGAUACACUGCCAAAACGAAAUGGCCUUGAGUUUGGAGGACAAAGUCAAGUGAGAAAGAAACGCUUCUCAUCUAGAAAUUAUCGAAAUCAUUUUGAAUCGAAUGUCAAUAAGUCAAGCUCAAGUGACGACGAGGAAAUGCCUGAGCUUGUUCAUCCGGGAGGGCAUAAACGUCAAAGAAGACACGAAGUAAGAACUAUUGCGCCUCCUCCUCCUCCUGAAUAUCUUGAGGAAUUAGCAGCUGCUGCAGAUAAUGAUGAAGGAGAGGAAGGAAAUACUGAUCAAGAUGAUGUAAAUGACGAAACAGCAAAUAGUGAUCUUUCUCUCGGAAGUUCAUCAUCAUCUUCUGAUCCGGAAAUAGUAACCUUUGACGAAUCAAGUUCUGGCGAUGAAGACAUCGAUGUUAGUUUCCUAAAUAUUGAACGACCAAAAUGUUCAUGGAUUGCUUUGCGUGAAUUGUUCUAUCGCGAGCAUGGAUUAAGCGGAAAAGGGCGAAGAACUCUUGCUGGACGUGAUCCUCAAAUGUUUAAAACUCGUGUGAUGGGUUCUUUAAACUUUGUUGAAAGAUUGGAGUUGAUGGCGAAACUCGAUAAACAUACUGGUUGUGUUAAUGGCUUAAAUUUCAGCCAAGAUGGGCAUUUGUUAGCUUCAGGCUCUGACGAUUUAAAUGUCGUUUUAUGGAAUUGGGCAAGCGGAACAGUUUCUCGUGUUUUUAGAAGCGGGCAUCAUCAAAAUGUUUUUCAAACAAAAUUUUAUGGAAAUGGCAAUAUUCAAUUGAUUACAACUGCACGCGAUGGAUACGUGCGAAAUCACGAUGUGCCUUCGAGCGGAGGAAAACCCUACUCUACAACUCUUUACAAACAUUUGGGUCCCGUACAUCGAGUUGCAACAGGACAAAUGCAUCCUUAUGAUGUUCUGACAGCGGGCGAAGAUGGAAAUGUGAUUAACGUUGAUAUGCGUGAAAGAAAGAAAAAUCGUUUAGUCAACGUCAAAAAUGGAAAGCGUAAAAUUAUUCUUUAUGGCGUGAGUGCAAGCCCUUUUCACAAUGAAUUUUGUGUCUAUGGCCGAGAUAAGUAUGUUCGAGUUUACGAUAGACGAAGCUGUAAGACUGUUUUAAAGAAUUACUUCCCCGAAACAUUGAUCAAAGAUAAAAAACCAUGCGUACUAAGUGUUACAUCAGCUGUAUACAGUCACAAUGGGAGUGAAAUUAUUGCGAGUUAUGCUGAUGAAGACAUUUUCCUUUUCAACCGACGCGAUGAGGAAGGACAUUUCCAACAACGAUACAAAGGUCAUUUAAACUCACAAACAAUUAAGAAUGUCAAUUUCUUCGGAUCAGGUUCAGAAUUCAUCGUGAGCGGAAGCGAUUGCGGAAACAUCUUUUUUUGGGAUAAGAAGACAACAAAAAUUGUGCAAUGGAUGCGUGGCGAUGAAAACGGUGCGGUAAAUGUACUUGAGUGUCAUCCCGAAUUUCCGUUUUUAGCAACCAGCGGGAUUGAUUCGGAUAUUAAGAUUUGGGCUCCAAGUAAUGAAAACCCUCCGAAUUUAAAUGGGUUGGAAAAGUGUGUUCGAAAAAACAUGCGAAAUCGCAGCAAAUGGUUAACAGGCGAAGAUUUAUUCGACGAAGACUUUUUGCGGCUAAUAAUGCAGCGUCGUUUACGAACAUUUAGGGGCGUCGCAAGCGAUUUGGGAUUGUCGUCGGAAAUGCAAGACGACAAUGAUGGCGAAGAACCUCCAAUUGACUUAAACAGUGAUUCGCAAAGCAAUGAGACCUCGGAUGAUGAUGAAACAUAUCCACGUGACACGUUUCCUUGUUCUCCAAUGUAGUAAUACUAAAAAAAACUUUUCCAUUGAAAAGUCUUCAUUACACUUUGAAAAGUGAUAUCUCCCAAUUAUUUGAAUGAAGUAGUUUUAAAAAAAAAUGCGUUUUGAAGUAUGUAACUUUCUUUUUUUGAGAAAUAAAUUGAGUUUA